CUCCACCUCUUUCCCCCCCCCCUCCUCCUCCUCCUCCUCUUCCCCUCCGGCGCGGGGAGGGGGAUGCGGACGGGGGAAGAUGGCGGCCUCGAACAACCCGCGGAAAUUCAGCGAGAAGAUCGCGCUGCACAACCAGAAGCAGGCGGAGGAGACGGCGGCUUUCGAGGAGGUCAUGAAGGACCUGAGCCUGACCCGCGCCCACCGGCUACAGCUGCAGAAAACCCAAUAUUUGCAACUGGGACAGAGUCGUGGCCAGUACUAUGGUGGGUCACUGCCAAAUGUGAAUCAGAUUGGAAACAGUGCCAUGGAUCUGCCCUUCCAGACUCCUUUUCAGUCAUCAGGGCUGGACACCAGCAGGACAACUCGGCACCACGGGCUGGUGGACAGAGUCUAUCGGGACAGGAACCGCCUGGGCUCCCCGCACCGCCGUCCUCUCUCUGUGGAUAAACAUGGGAGACAAGUGGACAGCUGUCCCUAUGGCACUGUGUACCUGUCACCACCAUCAGACACAAGCUGGAGAAGGACAAAUUCUGAUUCUGCUUUACACCAGAGUACUAUGACUCCAGCUCAGCAAGAAUCCUUUUCAGGAGGGUCACAGGACAUGCAGCAGAAAAGAGUUUUAUUACUGACAGUCCCUGGAAUGGAGGAAACCACCUCUGAGGCAGACAAAACCCUCUCUAAGCAAGGCUGGGACACUAAAAAGACUGGGUCAUCAAGACCUAAAUCAUGUGAAGUUCCAGGAAUCAACAUCUUCCCAUCAGCUGACCAGGAAAACACUACAACACUGAUUCCUGCCACACACAACACUGGUGGCUCCCUGCCAGACCUGACAAACAUCCAUUUCCCUUCCCCUCUCCCAACACCAUUAGAUCCUGAGGAAUCCACAUUCCCAGCCCUCAGUAGCUCCAACAGCACUGGGAAUCUUGCUGCCAAUCUGACUCACUUGGGCAUCAGCACUGCCAGUCAGGGAAUGACAACCACACCAGCCCCUUCCCAGCAGCACCGCGCGCCCACCGUCAGUCCCCUCUCCUUGAGCGCAGACUCCAGGCGACCACAGACACAGCAAAUGUCUCCCACACUUUCCCCUUUGUCACCAAUUACUCAGGCCGUGGCUAUGGAUGCAUUGUCCCUGGAGCAGCAGCUUCCCCCAUAUCCCUUUUUUACCCAGACAACUUCCCAACAACAACAGCAGCAGACCCAGGUGGCAAGUUCCCUGCCUCAGAACACUCCUUUAAUGCAGACCUCUGGUUUACAACGAGGAACACAGCUCCCCCCACUCUCCGUCACGGUACCUUCUACCAUCCCACAGUCACCUCCAGGCAGCCAGACCCAACCAUCCAUGGGAAUAGACAUCAACUCGGCUUCACUCCAGCAGUACCGCAGUAAUGCUGGAUCCCCAGCCAACCAGUCUCCCACCUCUCCUGUCUCCAAUCAAGGCUUCUCUCCUGGCAGCUCCCCUCAACAUUCUUCCAUUCUGGGGAGUGUAUUUGGUGACUCCUAUUAUGAUCAGCAGAUGACAGCUAGGCAGGCUAAUGCCCUAUCCCAUCAGCUUGAACAAUUUAAUAUGAUAGAAAACGCCAUUAGUUCCAACAGCCUCUACAGCCCCUGCUCCACCCUCAACUACUCCCAAGCAGCUAUGAUGGGACUUACUGGCAGUCAUGGCAGCUUGCAGGACUCACAGCAGCUGAACUACUCCAGCCAUGGAAACAUCCCCAACAUCAUUCUUACAGUGACAGGAGAAUCUCCUCCCAGCUUAUCAAAAGAACUGACCAGCUCUUUGGCAGGAGUGGGAGACGUCAGCUUUGACACGGAUUCACAAUUCCCUCUGGAUGAACUCAAAAUUGACCCUUUAACCUUGGAUGGACUGCACAUGCUGAACGACCCAGACAUGGUCCUCACCGACCCCGCCACAGAGGACACGUUCAGGAUGGAUCGGCUGUGAAGCAGGGACACCAGGAGCGUGGGAAUGAUGCUUGUUCCUGGAGCCCAGCCCAACUGGAGAGCCCGAUGGGUCAGUCGUGGCAGAACAGGAGCUGCUGAGAGCAGUUGCUCUGUCCUGUACACCCUGUACACAAUGAGUAAAGCUUGUUGUUCUAAGCUUGCAAGCGCUGCAGACCCCCUACUCCCCCGUCGCGCCGUAUUUCACCCCUUCAUCUGCUCAUUGCCAUGAAUGAGUAAGGAAUUCCCAUCAGCCUUUUCCUCUCCAGAGCCACCCCCCACCCUUCUCCCCCUUCUCCCUCUCCCUUUUUUCCCCUCCCCACCAAAAAAGCUCCAGCGUUCUGUUGUGGGUUUAUCCUUUGCACUAGAGAAAGGAGUUGGGUUUGGGCAGGCGAGGAAGGGGCAGAGAUUUUCUCACCCCCCAACCUGGUGGCUGCUGGUUGGGACAGGGAGGGGAAAGCACCAACUAAACCCCCCCUGCCCAUCUCCUUCCACUGAUCCAAAAGCAAAUCUCAGCAUUGCCACCCUCCUUGGGGGGUGGGUUUCAAGGUGGGUUUGACUCUGCUUUGUGACAGCUGCUUCGUAGAGUGAAAUGCUUCUUCUGUGGUCCAGCUGCCUGUGUCUGCUCGCAGGUUCCUUCCCCUGCCUGGUGUCCUGCACCCACUGCCUCUUCUCAUGCCCUCAGCAAACUUGGCAAGGCAGAACAGCAGCCCCAGGGCUUUGUGUAGUCCAAAAAAAAAAAAAAAGGCAACUGUAAACACUAUUUUCAAAGUCGUUUUUUUUUUUCUUCUUUUUGUUUUGUUUUUGUUUAUAAUAUAUAUGUAAUAUAUAUAUAUUUCUAUAUAUGUAUACAUAUAUAUAUAUAGGAUUUCUGAGCACACAAAAAGUACUAUAGUUCAUUACUUGAUUAGCAUGGAGGAAGGAUGAGAGCAUUUUAGAGCAGCUAAAAGAGUAGAGGAGACUAACUUGCAGAGCAUAUUUCUAAUUUCACUUUAUGAGAGAUUCCUGGGCAACAGGAAGGGCAUUCCUAUAGCAAUGCCUGGCUCAAAUCAUGACUUAUUUUUUAUUUUUUAUUCUUAUCAUUACUUAUUCUGUUACUGUUAUUUAUGACCUUUGUUUGUUGUUGGUUUUUUUUUAUUUAAGUAUUUGGAUAUUAGGAAAGUAGCUAAACUACAUACAGCCAAUUGAAGCACUCUACAUAAUACUUGUACAGGACAUCUUUUUUUUUGUUUUUUUCCUUGUGUUUUUAUUCCAGAAAUAUAUUAUAUAUAUUAUAUAUAUAGGUAUUUUUAACUAACUGGAAUUUUAAACAGACGUGGAGCAGAAGGAAGCUGAAGGCAAGCCUUGAUGUUUUCCUUUCAUAAAGUCAAAAUAGGGUGGCAGGAACUUCAGGAUUCCUUCUUUUCACCCUGGGGAAAAACUGGCUUGCUCCCUGUACUGUAUCCUCAGCCAGGUGGAGAUUCUGUUGGAUUUAUCAUCAUUUCUCUUGGUCCUGGUUAAGGUUCUGGCCUGGGGUGGAAUGGACCAGAGAGAGACACUGCAUCAAAACCCAACAAACCCAAACCACAAACCUUGGCCUCUGACCUUGGUGGUUUCACUUAAAUGUCAGGGCUGAAUUGGGGAUGAUUCCCCCAUUUCUGCACUUAGCAAAUUUGGCAAAAAAAAAAAAAAAAAAAAGCAUUUAAAGAUUUCUGAAGAGCCCAGCCAGCCAGGGGGGUUCUGUUGGAACAGUUUCUUCCUUACAGUGUGAGAUCUGCACAGUCACAGGGUCCAGAAAUACCCAACCCUUCAGUAGGAGAGAAUUAACAUUAUUUUGGAGCCUUUCUACCCAAAACCUAGAGGUAGUCCCACCUCUUCUGGCUCUCCUCUCACUCCACAUCACCUGGGUUGGUUUGUUUUAUUUUAUUUAAAACUGGGUCCAUUCUUCUUCAGCUGUCAGGAAGGCAAAAAAAACCCAAAACCCGUCAGUGUUUCUGCCCAGCCCCUUCCCCUCCAGAAAGAUUAAUUAAUUUUCUUUUUUUGGGUUGUUGUUCCUUGCUGUUUUCAGCAGGUGAUAAGGAAGUUCUGCAGAGGAACUCUUUAUCAGUUAUCUUAGGUUUCUGUGUGCUUCCAGAAAUCUGUCCUGAGAUUCAGGCAAACACUGCUGAGCAGGAUUGUUGUUGGGAUCUCUCUAAUCUGUUUGCUCACGUUUGUGCCAUUAGUUGACCAUUUGCACUAAAAAUGUUGGGUUUUUCUUUAGAUCAUUUCUCUCUUUUUGUUUAAAUAUUAUUAUUUCUCCCUUCCCACACGAUGGAAAAGUUUUUAUUAAAAGUGUGGGGUUUUUUUUUUAAAUUUAUCAGAAUUGAAGCUCAGUGCUUAACUCCCAAUGUCUGCUUAUUUCAGAUUUCUAAUGCUUUUUCAGUUUAAGGAGGAGGAAAAAACAAAAACCAAACCAAAACCACCUCAAUAAAUUAAGGUAGCUACAAACAGGAGGAAACCCCAAAAGACCAGGAAGGAUUUGGGCACAGGUGACUCCAAGUCUUUGCUUUCAGACAGCCACAGGUACAGUGUGAAUUGAACAAGCUUCUUCUAAUUAGAUGGAUUUCUGUCCUUACCUCUCUCUCUCUUGUUCAAGUGACUCCUGUGCAUGGAAAUUCUUGUUUGUGAUUUAUUUUUUUAAAACCCAGAGUCACUUCAGAACGAAGCAUCCAAGCAGGAGAGGAGAUUCCUCACUGGAGGUUUUGGCAGGGAGCUGUUGCUAAAUGCUACCCUCUCAUUUUAUUUUAUUUUAUUUUAUUUUUUAAACACGUGUAUAUAAGAGAUCUUGUUUACCAGACUUGUAAGUAGACAUUGAAAAUGGCCUUAAUUAAAAAAAAAAAAGGAAAAAAAGAAAAAAAAAUAACAUGUCUGGAUGCAACUGUCAAAAUUAGGGACCAUCUAGAGGAGAGAAAUCCAGGUUUUUGUUCCUCUGGUGCAGGGCAGAGGGAGAAGGGAGCUUUGGGAGUGGGAAGGAGGGAUGUGACGUCAUGGUGGGCAGCAGAUGAUGUCAUGGUGUGUGACCAGAUGUGUUUCAUCUCCUGAGCCCCAGUGGUGGGCAGCCAGAAGCUGCUUUUUGGGCACUGAUCCUUUGAGAAGCAGAGCAGUGAGCUCAACAGCUCUUGGAUUUUCCUGCCUGACAGCAUCACCCAGGAGCUGCACUUCCAGAGGGAUUUUUCUCCCUUUCUUCCCCUAAAACCCCAAGUUUUUUUCAUUUUAGCAUUUUUUUGGAAAGCCAACCCCCUCUUAUUAAGUUGCCAGAUGAUCCCCAGCGUUUCUGGAGCAAAUAAUCUGAUUUUAAUUGCUAAUAUGCUUUCAUUUGAAUUCCUGGCUUUCAGGAGCUGUUGGGAAGGACUGGUCCUGCCCAGCUGGGGAAGGAGGAGAGCAGAAAGAGAAGAAAGUCACUUAGCAAACAAAGUUAAAAAAAAAAAAGUAAAAAAAAGAAAUUAUAUAUAACUUUAUCAGUUAAAUGCUGUUGAAACUGUCUGGUGUCUCCAAGGGUCACUGCCCAAACAUCCCUGCUGUGGAUGACCCUUCCACAUGGAGUGAACCCUUCUCCCCUUCCCCCCCACGUGUUUUUAUAGCUAGAAAUAUAUUUAUAUUCCCAAAUUCCCAAGCUAGACUGUUGCAUUUGCCAAUACAGUGGGGAAAGGCUAGGAAUAAACCUGCAGUGUCCAACAAUACUGUGAGUUUUAAACUUUAUUUUGAUUUUUUUUUUU